AUGGGAAACACAACACCAGGUGACAAGGAAGAGGACUCACCUCCAACGAGCGACCCUGAGAGCGCACCAGAGAGCAGCCACGAACCGGACUGGGAGAACGAUCCUCGCAACCCCUACAACUGGAGCGAUGGCAAACGGCUUUAUCACACCGUCUGUGUGUCUCUGUACGCAUUCACCGUCACCUACAUGUCCUCCGCCUACGCCCCAGGAGCCAAAGCAACCGGUCACGACCUCCACGUCUCAGAAACAGUGUCCCUCCUCGGCAUCUCGCUCUUCUGUCUUGGAUUGGCAUUUGGUCCAGUCAUUGGCGCACCGCUCAGCGAAUCCGCGGGUCGACUGAUCGUAUACCGCCUAGGGCUGCCCAUCUGUAUCCUCUUCCUCGUCGGCGCCGCGACAUCUAAUAAUAUCGGUGGCGUUGUCAUCUGCCGCUUCUUUGCUGGUGUCUUUGGAAGCCCGGCUUUGAGCGUGGGCGGAGGGACAAUGGCAGACAUGUGGCCUCCUGCUCGUCGUGGGCCGGCGACAGCGCUGUUUGUCAUGGCCCCCUUUAUGGGACCUUGCAUCGCUCCUAUAAUAGGUGGCUUCGUCGUGGAAAGACUCAACUGGCGAUGGCUCGAAUGGGUCUCCGUCUUCUGGGGCGUCGCGACCUGCAUCUUCGCAAUCGGCAUGCAAGAGACGUACAAGAAGAUAUUACUCGCGCGAGGAAACAAGCAGACCAUCAGAGAAAAGCUGUCUUCCAAAAUGAAGAAACCCACGCUGAGCUGGAGCGCGAUACACAAGUGGGCAAGCGAGUCGCUGGUGACACCCAUGCACUUGCUCUUCACCGAGCCCAUUGUCCUCUUCCUGAGCUUGUACAUCGGCUUCGACUUUGCCGUGCUUUACGCCUUCUUUGCUUCUAUACCACUGGUGUUUCAAAAGACGUACGGCUUUGAUUCUCAUCAGAACGGACUGGUCUUCAUCUCCCUAGGCAUCGGCGCGCUGCUCGCAACAGCAACCAACAUUCUCUGCGACCGCCUUAUAUAUCAGAAGAAAGCAAAAGAGGCGCGCGAGAGAGGCGAAACAGGCCAUCUGCCACCCGAACAACGACUUUAUCCAGCCAUGAUGGGCAGUCUCGGGGUUGCCAUUGGUCUGUUCUGGUUUGCCUGGACUGCUCGGCCUGAUAUACACUGGAUAAGCCCAGUGCUUGCCCUCAUUCCUUUCAACUGGGCAAACGCCUUUACACGCUACGUCUUUGCGGCGGCGUUUCCUUUGUUUGUUAUUCAGAUGUACAAUAACUUGACAACAAAAUGGGCCGCCAGCCUGCUUGGCUUCAUUGCCAUUGCCCUGAUCCCCAUUCCGUGGGUGCUCUUUCGAUUUGGCGCGAGCAUUAGGAGGAAGACUCGGUACGCACUCUAA